AAAUUGAGCAGAGAAUAAUUGUUUUGUCGCUAUAUCCUCUACUGUUUAUAUUCAAGUUCAAGAGAAAUAAUUAUAGACAUUAUUGAUUAAAUUCUUUUCUUUGUCUAUUUUUAUUGGUAAAUGUAACUUGUAAAUAAUAGAAACUAGGAAAAUCUUUUUAUUCGGUUUGUGUAGAAUAAUAUUUAAGAAUAUUCUUUGUCAGAAAUCAAAAUGGAUUUAUCUGAAUUUACAAAUGACCAGUCUAAAAAUGUAAUCUUAGUUUCUAAUGUCCCUCCUUCAACUAAAUCGGAGCCUUGUAUGUUGGGCAUCGACGAAGCCGGCAGAGGCCCUGUUUUGGGUCCUAUGGUUUAUGGUGCUGCAUAUUGUCCAAUAUCCGAGUUGGAAUCUCUAAAAGCUAAAGGAGUUGCUGAUUCUAAAACACUCACAGAAGAAAAGAGAGAAAAUUUAUUUAGUUUGAUAGAUGAAGCUAGUGAAAUGAUGGGAUGGAUAUUAGAAAUCCAUUCUCCUAAUGUCAUUAGUAACAGUAUGCUGCGAAGAUCAAAAUAUAAUCUCAAUGCACUAUCACAUGAUUCAGCUAUAGGUCUAAUUAGGAAAGCCUUAGAACUUGGUGUCUUGGUUACUGAAGUAUAUGUUGAUACUGUUGGACCACCAGAAAAAUAUCAAGCAAAGUUAUCAGCUCUAUUCCCAGAUAUUAAAAUUACAGUUGCAAAAAAAGCUGAUUCGCUUUAUCCAAUUGUCAGUGCAGCUAGUAUUUGUGCAAAGGUAGCUAGAGACAAUGCUCUGAAAUCUUGGAAGUUUUCUGAAGGAGAGAAGUUUGAAGAUGUUGAAUAUGGUUCUGGAUACCCUAAUGAUCCUGUAACUAAGAAAUUUCUAGCAAAUAAUAUUGAUCCAGUUUUUGGCUUUCCUCAAUUUGUCAGAUUCAGCUGGUCCACAGCAGAAAAAAUUCUGGAAACCAGUGCAGCCAAAGUUGAAUGGGAAGAAGUAGAGGAUGAGGAAUCACCAAAGAAAGCAACUUCUCAAAAUCUUUUGAAAUUCAUGAAUCCCACUGCUUCAAAGAAGAAAGCUGGACCUAAAAGCCAUUAUUUCUUUACGCAAAGGAAUUUAUACCAGACUGUUGAAUUAUAAAAUUUACAGAUUAUUAAUUUAGUAAGAUAUAAGAUUUUUUGAACAUUUUUAUUAAAUAUAAUUUGUUCUAUCUAUGUAUAUAUUGACAGCACAAAAUAAAAAAAGU